UCGCCAUGUGAUCAAACAAGUAUUGCAUUAUGAUCCAAUGAUCGGAAUAAAUAAAAAUUAAAUCAUUGUAAAUAGUAAAUUGAACAACAGUCAAUUCAAUUAUUUGGAGGCAGAAGACAUAUUUCACGGAAUAAGAAGGAACAUACAAAAUGGCUUUGGUGAAACCUAAACAGUACGACUGGAAAGAUUCUAACCUGGCUUUAUUUGAUUCUGCUACAGAUAAAGAGAUAAAAAAAUCUUCCGCAGAGAAGGAACCAGCCUGGAAAAAGGCAGGUUUAAAGCCAGGGAUACAAAUUUGGAGAAUUGUGAAAUUCCAAGUUAUACAAUGGCCGGAGAAAGAUUAUGGAAAAUGUUUUGAUGGGGAUUCUUAUAUAAUACUGAAUGCAAGUAUAAUAUUCGUUUUAUAA